UGCAAUGCACCCAGAUAAACACAGAAUUUAAAGGAAGAUUCUUCAUCAUUUCUUCUUUUGUCAGGACUCCACCUUUUUAUUCAUAUGCUAGAAAUCCAUUUCAUUUAACACGGAAGCACAAACCACCACCACCACCACCACCUGCACCAUCUUCUUCUUCUGGCUUCUGUUUCUCCUUUUCACCUCUUCUUCUUCCAACUUUCUCUUCUGCUAUAUUUCUCCAAUUCCAAUUAUCACUUUUCCUCCUUCAUACCCUCAACUUUUUUCCUCUCACUGUCUUACCUCUGCAUCUUGGUGAUCAUUUUAGUGCAGACAAUUAACGGUAGGAGGAAAAGCUCCCCCUAGAAUUUCACUUUUCAGGUUGAUCAAGUGGUGGAAAUUUAAUGAGUAAUAUGAUGAGUGAAGGACAAUCAAUUUGGAAGCCACCAUAUUUUAAUGGCAGAAAAUACGAUGAAUGGAAGGAGCGAAUGAUAGUAUACAUUAAAUCUAUUGACUACAAGCUUUGGCUUGUGAUUAAAAAUGGACCCACAAUUCCAACAAAGUUAGUAGAUAAUGAAGAAGUGCAGAAGAGUGAAGAUGAAUACGAUGAAGAAGAUAUGAAGAAUUUGGAAUUGGAAGCAAAAGCAAAAAACAUUUUAUAUUGUGCCUUGAGUCCAGAAUUUUUUGAAAUAUUUUCAGACACUUUCAAAGUCAACCAAGCAAAUAUGGGAUGGUCUUCAAAGGCAAAUGAUAGGUUCACCAACUCCUACAAGAGAACUGUCCGACAAUACAACGGACUCAAAUCCGGAUCCAUUUAAAGCUCCUGACCAAUACUUUAUAAACGGAACAGGAGAUUCUCAGGAGAAGUUUUUGAAGUUUUGCGUGCCACUUCACAAGUAUGGUUUAGAAGGCAAUUGGACAGAAGCCAAAGGGAUCUUAGACAAAGAUAAGAGACUGGAACAUGCAGCAAUAACAAGUGGUUGGAGUACAUUAUUGCAUGUUGCUGCAGGUGCAAACCAUGUUCACUUUGUGGAGGAGCUACUGCAAGUGCUGAGUGAUAAACACAUCGAUUUGCAAGAUAGCAAGGGCAAUACUGCCUUCUGCUUUGCUGUUGCUUCUGGAAAUAUGCGCAUUGUUGAAUUGUUGCUGAAAAGAAACCUCCACCUACCCAGAAUCAGGGGUGGAGGAGGACACACCCCUCUAAAGUUUGCUCUAAUGCAAGGAAAAUGCUACAUGGCACAGUUUCUCUAUGACAAAACCAAAGAAAUAUUUGAGGAUUUAGACCGAAGAUCCUUGUUCUUCACCUGUGUCGAGACCGGAAAUUACCACAUGGCCUUACAAAUGGCAAGAGAGUGGCCCAAUCUAGCUUGGGAACGUGAUCAGAAUAAUGAUACAGCUUUGCAUCUCUUGGCUCUAAACAAAAAUCCUAUGGAUUCUUGCUGUCAUUCUCCACAGCUUCCAAAUCCCAUCAAGAUCAAUCCAGUGCAGGAAUGAACCAACUUAUGAUCUUUCAAUUGGUUAAGUAUCUCUGGAAAACCAUGCUGCGCCACAAAACCCUCUCGGAGGCAAUUGAAAUCAUAAGUGAACCUUAUCAACUAUUGUUCGACGCUGCUGAAGUUGGUAAUUUUGGAUUCUUAUCAGAACUUAUCAGUGCUCACCCCAGUUUGAUAUGGGAAGUUGACAACAAAGAUCAAAGUAUAAUUCACACCGCAGUUUUGUUUCGUCGUGCUAGCAUCUUCAAUCUAAUACAUGAGAUAGGGUCCCAAAAGGAUCUUAUACUAACUUAUAUUGUGAAAGAAGACGACCUUCAUUUUCUUUACCGAAAAUAAAGAACAACAAUUUGUUGCAUUUGGCUGCAAAGUUAGCUCCACCAGAUCAACUUGAAUUAGUUUCUGGAGCAGCACUUCAAAUGUGCCUUGAGAUAAUAUGGUUUGAGGUUCUACUUCUUUUACUCUGCAUGCUUUUGCAUUUUCACAUUAUACUAUUCCUCUAUAAAUCCAGAAUGUGUAUAAAAUGUAUUAUAGUUAUAUUUUACAAUUUUUUAUACUAUAUCUUUAAAUGUGUGCAGGAGGUGAAGAAAAUAAUGCCUCAAUCGUACGCAAUAAUGAAAAA